CAAACAAGAAGACAUAACAAACUCUUCUUAAUUCAUUUCCUGAUAAAGAUUUACUAAAAUCUUCUUUAGACAAUUUAUUAAAAACUAAAAAAAAAUAUAUUUUUUAAUAUAACAUCUUGAAGUCAUUCUUAAGUUUGAGUUCUCAAACUUUUAUAAAAUCAUGCUAUGAAUAUUGCCUCAGUUUUUAGUUUUUUGCAUGGUAUUCGAGAUUCAUUCUUAGGUGUUGGAGUUGUUAUUAACAUUGAUAAUGAACAGACAAGUACUAGAAAACAUAACACAAAUGAUACAAAAAAAAGAAAAAAAGUUUUACCAAUGAUUGCACAGUGUUGUUUCUUGAAUGGGGGUUUGUUAUUGCUCAGCAUGGUACUUUUUGAAUAUUUUGUAGUUCCUGCUGUUAAAUAUCUUUUGACAUUUGUAACUUCGAUAUUACUGAAAAAUCAAGUUCAGCAAAGUACAGUUUGGUCAUGGCUUGAACCAUCUAUGACUUACACAUUUAAGUACUUGUGGGUGGUUCCAUUGUUUUGGCUAUGUAAAAUACUGAACUGUUUUUGGUUCUUGGAGAUUGCAGAUGUAGCUUACAGGAAAAAAUUGGGUAGACCUGUAACAUCUCUUAUUGCUACUAAAGAGAGUGUGUUUAAAGUAAUAAGCAAAAUGUUGGCUGAUUUUUUGUUCAGCAUACAAGUUGAAAUACUUUUUCUGAUUCAGGCACAAUUAGUUGGUUUGAUUCCUGUAGUUGGUCCUGCUCUUUCAUUUAUUCAUAUGGCUCUUUUGUAUUCUCUUUAUGCAUUUGAGUACACAUGGGCAAAUUUAGGUUGGAAUGUUGUUAGGCGACUAGCAUACAUAGAAAAUAACUGGCCAUAUUUUGUUGGUUUCGGCGCAUUAUUAACAACACUUACAAACAUCUCUUCAUCAACAGUUAUUAGUGCUUGUGUUUUUGGAAUUAUCUUUCCAGUAUUCAUACUUAGCGGAUUAGAAGCGCAACCUAUCUUAGAUGGUAAAUAUCCUUUGAGGCUGUUUUCGUUUGUUAUUUGGCUCACGAACAGAACAUUUCUUUUCAAAUCAAGAAUCGUUACCUGAUGGAAUUAUGUUCCAUUGAAUUUGCAAGAAUUUGCAGAACAACUAGAAUUAUAAAAUUAAAAGUUUCUAAUCAUUUAUAUUAAAAUAUUUUUUAAUCUGAAUUAAUAAAUGUAUGAUGUAAAAAUUUUCUAAAUGAAAAAUUGAAGUUUA